UCCACGCCUUGAGCCAUCGACUCAGGCCAAGGACAGGUAGAACAAUGACCAGGAAAGAUCGAAGGUGCUAGCAUGGUCGGUUUCGGCAUGCUUUUGAUACCCCAGACGAAAAACCGUAUCCUUUUUUCUCAUGCCCCCCAUCCAUCUUCCGCGCCCGCCAUCCACUACUAUCACCCUAUUUGUCCCCCGUCCAUUUUCGUCCCCAGCUACCUGCUUUUAAAUCGGUGCUGCGUCGUUGAGCGCCUUCCAUCCUCACUGGCGUGACUGAAGCACGACGGCCUCUUGUUGACUCGUGACAGAGUGAAGCCGGAGCAUCAGCGUGAGAAUGGAGUUCUUUGAUUUCGAUGGGGCCUCGUAUGGGUCCCAGUCUCAAGUCCGAGAUGACGAUGUGGCUUCGAAUAGCAGGGACUUCGAUGAAAACGAUGAUGCGGUCGCCAACUACGAGUCGCUCUUACUCGACCAGCCUUUGGAAUUUCCCAAUGAUUUGCCGGAACAAGCUGUUCUUGAUGUAAAACAGUCUCCUGGUCCGACCAUGGAGAAUGGUGUUUACCCUAUGGGUCGUUCUAAAGAGCCCUGCGACUUUUGCAGGAACAUGGGUCUGGACUGUUUUGUUGCCAACAGAGGAGUGAUGCAGAACAGUGGUUGUACCUGCUGCAUCUCGCUCUACCGAGAGUGUAGUUUCACCCAUGCUAAAGCACCGGGUAAAUUUCUGGACACCUUACAUCCAAUCAACGAGAAUACCUAUAUCCCCACCGGCGGCUUAACGGGGAAGAAGGCGCUCAAAUCGCUCUAUGGUGCUACCUUUGUUGAAGAUGUCGAUGGUCGGGGGAGAAAAGGGAGCUCGCGACUGUCGCGCGAGGCAGUCCGCAUCCUCAAAACCUGGUUAAACGAACAUAGCGACCACCCGUAUCCUAAUGAGGAGGAGAAAGAUGAACUGAAGCAGCGUACAGGGUUGAAGCGGACGCAGAUCUGCAAUUGGCUUGCCAAUGCCAGACGGCGUGGUAAAGUUCGUCCCCCGCCACGCAGUAGCUCUCCGGUUCCCGGUGCUAUGGAUAUCCCGAGACAACCACAUGUAGAUAUGACUCUCAUGACUCCGCUUGAGCGUUGGAAGCACUCGCCCCCCGAAAACGAACCUGCUGCCACAUCCGAUAUUCUUCGAGCCUUGGUGAAUACAUCUUUGGAUUCUGUUCGGCAGCGACCGUCUCAAUCGAGUCACGUGCGCUCCCAUUCUCGGAAGACUGGGUCUAGCAAUGACUCAAGCCAUGGCAACUCAAAUAUAUUCCGUGCCCCUUCUCUUAGUAGCUUGGAGACAAGUCGGUCAGCCACUCAAUCGUCUAUCUCUGACCUAUCCUUCGCCUCCGCCUUCUCCCAUAGGUCCUCCUUGGGGUCAUUCGGUUCCAUGGACCGAAAGGAACGUCGUCGUCGUCGUAAAGCCCCAGCACCUUUGAAUACUUUCAACCAGCAAAGGGCUCGUAUCACUCGUGUCUUUCAGUGUACCUUCUGUGCCGACUCCUUCCAGACUAAGUAUGACUGGCAACGCCAUGAAAAAUCGCUGCAUCUAGCUUUGGAGAAGUGGACCUGCUCGCCUCACGGAGGGGUGGCCUUUAUGGACGGCGCAAACCGCUGUGUGUUUUGUAUGGCGCCCAAUCCAGACAAUGAUCAUCUUGAGUCGCACAAUUAUAGUACUUGCCAAGAGAAGUCACCUUCCGAGCGGGCCUUUUAUAGGAAGGAUCACCUCAAUCAACAUCUGAGGUUGGUGCACGACGUGAAGUUCCACUCAUCAAUGGAUCAAUGGCGAAGUAAUACGUGCGAGAUAAGAUCUCGGUGCGGUUUCUGUGCAACUAUUCUCACAACGUGGAAAGAACGAGUCGACCACCUAGCUUCCCAUUUCAAGAGUGGUGCCGACAUGACUCAAUGGCAGGGAGAUUGGGGUUUUGACCCCGAUGUCGAGAGAUUGGUUGAAAAUGCAAUGCCUCCAUAUCUCAUUGGCCAGGAGAAGCUCACAUUGGACCCUUAUAAACCUUCGCGCGCCGCGGGCCAGUCACCAAGCUUAGCUGUACCAGGAGAUGUCAAUUGCUACGAACGUCUUCAGCGCGAACUUAUGGUUUAUAUCCAUAACCGUAUGGCCGCUGGCAUCACUCCAACGGAUCAAAUGUUGCAAGACGAAGCCCGGCGCAUCAUUUACGACAAUGAUGAUCCUUGGAACCAAACUUGCGCAGAUAAUCCGGUCUGGCUCGGCGUUCUCAAACGUGUUGCUGGGCUUGAAAACGUCCCAGGCUCAGAGGAUGUCCAAUUCGCAAACUUAGGCAUGCAGCCGCCUUAUGCUGCCCAAGGCGGCUUACGGCGCCCGCCUGUUGAGACCAAUCCGGUAGCUCGGAGCGUAUUUCAUCGACCGCCCUUCAGCCCAAGCCGCCCCAGCUCUGGCUUCCAGAGUCCCGCAUUUCCAAGCACCGGCCGGUCCUCAGCGGUAGCAAGCAUUCCGGGAAGCUCGAAUGGCAGCUACGCUGGUAGCCUUGGAAUGGUCCCUGCUGUGACGCACUCUGGUCUAUCCACUGAUUGGGGAAGCAGUAUCUCAGCUGGGGUUUCAUCGUUUUCGACGCCAAUGAGCGGCUCAGUGGACCCAUUCGUGCAGAUGGGAUUCGAUCCCGAAUUCCUGCAGCAGUUGAAUGAUCGUUAUGGAGACUUGGAUUUGGAUGACCUGCAAGGAUCGGACCUGGAGGGAGGUAGCCGGGCUGAGGGUGACCUACUCCCUGGAGGGAAUGAAACUAAAGUGUUGGGAUUGCCGAUGGAAGCUUUGCCUAGUUCUAAUGUCGGGACUGCACCUAUUCCCAUUCCCAGCCCAAAACAGACGGAUGUUUUGAUGGCCGAUGCAGUGCCUUAUCAAGAUCUUCCGACCACCCAAGGGCCAUAGUAACUAGAUCAGGGCAAUCCCUUGAAGAUGACCAAAUGAAAGAUGGUCGGAUAAGUUGGAUUGUAUCGUGGAUGAAAUUGUUUAAAAGUUUCCGGAUGUUAAUUUUUCACUGGGGG